GUAUGAGAUCCCUAUGGUCGGCAAACUCAAUGCUUUCCUGCAGACCUCGAUCAUGGAUUCUAGACGUGCCUGAGUUUCUAGGUUUGCAGAAAUCUCCCAAUUUAAAGUGGUUCAUGACGGCGGCCAUAGUGGCUUUACCGGUAAUAUUAUUCCAAACCACUUAUUAUGUGGGUUGGCAAAGCGAUUUGGACCAACUUUUUAGGGGGGGUGGCAGAGGCUCUCCGCGCAACCAUGAACCCGGAUAUGUUCGGCACUUGAAAUCUGGGGUAGGCUCGUGGGAAGGGGACGCGUGGGUCCCAGGAUUCCCGGGUCCUUGGGUGCCCAUUGAUUUAUUGCUUUACAGUUCAUACCCUCUUUUUAUAUUAUUCUUAGGGGAUUCUUUGACUCACGCUAUGUACACAACCGCCUGUGAGCGUCUACAUCUAUCUGGUUUCGAAUUACUUUCGGGCUUUGAAGCAUGUGGCGGCGUUGGGAUCGGUCAAGAUGAAUACCUUCUUGUAUACUCACUGGUAUGUGGAUCACAAAAAGAUCCCCCGUAUUUCAGAUCAUGCCGACAAGAUGAUAGUGGUGGAAACUCCAAAUUCACUUGGGACUAUACUAUUUCUCGUCACCUUCAGGAAGUCACGACUUCAUUAGUAGAAAAAUGCGAGAGGGAGCCAGACAUCAUAUCAAUUCAUUUUGGCGUUUGGGACCUUGCAAACGAAUGGAGUAAGCAAACAAAUUAUGGGGCAGACAAUGUAUCCUGGUUUGAUGAGCAGUUCAACAUCAGAUGGCAGGCGAAUGUUCAGCGUAAUUUGGACUACUUGUCCCGAGCGUUCCCCGAAACCAUGCUAUUCUACCGAACUAAUGGCCCUAUAAUCGCGGAAAAAUUGAAAGAUGGUGUUUUGGAAUCAAGACUGCAGCCAGAGUAUGCACAUAAGUUAUCAGUAGCUUCUAGCUCGUUUGACAGUGUGGCACAUGUUGUUGAUUUUCACACAUUAAUGAAGAACAAUCCUGAAGCUUGCACUGAUGGACUUCAUUACACUGGUAUAUCAAUGUUCCAAUCAUAUUUUGCCAUCAUGAUUAAUAUCUUUGCAAGCAGAGCGACAUCUGCAAACCCAAUGAAAAAGCGCUCUGGACGGCGCAAAGACCGUUUAUUAAAGCCAGACUUGGCUGGCCUGCCAUAUGAAGUUCCUUGCGUGGUAUUUCUCCAUAUUCCGAAAACUGCUGGUACAGAAUUUCGAGCAAAUCUCCUGACUUUUGAAAAGGCUUUAGCACAGCGGAAAGGCAUACAAAACUACACAACAUUUCAGUCUCUUGAUAACUAUGGCAUGAUCGAAUCCCUGCCUCCUCCGAGAGGAGUCAUCUCUGGCCAUUGGACAGGAAAGCUACUUCGGAUGGACGAAUUCAGAAAAUGUACAUUCGUCACAGUGUUGAGACAUCCGGUUGAAAGAAUCCGGUCUACUUUUGUCUAUCAUGGUCAUUCUCAGUCUCAUUGGCGAUGUUUGAGAAGUCAUAUAUACCAAGAGUGCAGAGCCCCGGGCAACGCCCCCUGGAAUUGGUUUUGGAUGGACAACGACAUUGUAAGACAACUUGCUGGCGUGAGACAUUGGAAUAGGAUGGAUAUUUUUAACUAUCUUAGAGCCAGUGAUACUUUACUUGAGCGUGAGGAUUUUCAGAAGAAUGGGAGUACCAUUUGGAGGCUCUACACAGAGUUGGCAAUCCAGACACUCCAACAAGUUAAUUAUGUAUGCUUCAGUGACAAUUUGAUCGGAUGUUUGGAGAAACUCAAAGACGACUUUGGUGUUACAGAGUGGAACAUCUCCGUAUCACACAGAAAUACAGGCAACCCAAGAAACUAUGAUCGAGGUCUGGAUGAAAGGAUUGCGUUGGCCAACCCUUAUGAUAUGUUGAUUUGGAAUUAUGCACAGAAACAUUGUUCUUCUUACAAAUGCAGAUAUUCAAUCACAGACUCCAGAUUUUAACCAUCCAGAGUCAAAAAUUCAAAAGACUUUCUUCGCCCAAUUGACGCAAACCGGUGGUCGUGUUGAUGAUUUCUCUCGAUUCAACUGUGCACGAAAACCAAAGUUUUCCCUGCUACACGACCGUCUUACUCAGCUAAUGCACGCUUGCCGCCAUUUUAACGUCAAGAGGCAAGGUAAGAAGGGAGGAGGGAUGACCGUUACUGUUCCGAAUGCGGUGAGUACGUCGUCGGCGCUCCAAAGUGCGCGAGGUAGUCUGGAACGAGCUAUGUCAGUCUGCAGCGCGCGGUCUUCGGAUAAAAUAUCUCCGGAAGGCCCCUCUCUAACUGAAAUGCCCAUACGAAUGCGAGGCGGAUCUCCUUCCGCUUUUUUCUCCGGAAACGCGUGUGUAGCUGUGUACUCUAGUAUGAUGACGCGUACGAACUACCGAGGAACAUUGGACCCUACCGCGAGAGCCACUCGCGGUACAACACGCCCCCGCGCUCCGGGUCAAUCUCGUCCGGGGUGGUCAAGUCGUACAGAAGGUUGUGCCACUUCAUUCGGACUUGCAGAACCUCGAACAAGCCCGUCGCCCACCACUCGAAAGUCGCGAAGCCGUCGUCGGCGUCGUUCCCCGGGCGCGUAGGGCCCGGGACAACGGCUUCUCCCGGCGGUCGCGGCGGGUUCUCUCCCGGCUGGUGGUAGAAGAGGGUUCUCCCCGGGUGGCAGAAGAGGCGGCAGAGGGCGCGGGCGGUAUUGAGCGCGACUCCGCAGGGCUCACGGAGAUCCAGAGGUGCUACAAAGUCUCGUGAAGCUCGUUCAUGGGAAAUGCCCAAAUCCUGUCACGGUUGGCGCGCACAUUCAAAUAAAAUGUAAUAACGUGUCUCGCCCCGCGAUUGUUAUGACCUGUGGUUCAUGUAAUGAAAGAUAAAGGGACGUUGCUUUACCGACGAAGGUGAUGCUUUUGCGGAAGGACAAUUGCUUUCUUGAAAAGUUGCCUGUCUUCCCGGAAGAAAGAAACGAAGAAUCAUACAAAGUAUUUGAUUGAAGGCAAGUCCGUAAUCUUGUAAAACUUUUUGUUGUUACGAGGCUGGGUAGAGUGAAAGUGACCCCGUUUUUUCC